UCUCAAACGUAACUCGAGCAAACUUUGUGUUAUAUUAGUGUUCAAUCUGCAUCUGUUGUUCAACUAGUUGUAUCAUCGAAUUCUCUUUGCAUCAUGCCAGAUAACCAUGUUGAUCGUGACGGUCUGCUCGAUCGCCAGAUACCAGAGAUGAUACUCUCGGAUGGUGCAGCAUCGUCUUUGACAGCUCCUCCUCCUCCCAUUCCACAUUACUUGAGUGCUGCAGGACGAGCACAGUAUCGUUUUGCAGUCGAAGGCAAUGCCAUCAUUACCGGAGGUGCAGGAACAUUAGCUCUUGAGGCUGCUCGGGCUCUAUGCGAGCAUGGUCUGGCGGGUCUAGCCCUGUUUGAUAUAAACCCAACGCAGUCUCAAGAUCACAUUGACAAGCUGAAGGAAGAUUUUCCGUCUGUCAAGAUUAUGACCAAGUCUGUCAAUGUCACGGUUGUAGAUGAGAUUAGUGCUGCCGUAGCAGACGUUAGACAGACUUUGGGCAGUGUCGAUAUUUUGUGCUGCUUUGCUGGUGUUGUAGGAUGUACACAUGCCAUGGAUAUGAGUCCGGAGGAGUGGCGGCGUACCAUUGAUAUCAACUCAACGGGCUCGUUUCUCUCUGCUCAAGCUGUUGCAAGGGUCAUGCAGGACCAAGGCACAGGAGGAGUGAUUGUGUUCAUCGCAUCUAUGUCCGGCCACAGAGUGAACUAUCCUCAGCCGCAGAGCGCUUACAAUGUUUCGAAAGCAUCUCUUAUCCACUUGAAGUCAUGUCUUGCGGCAGAGUGGGCGCGUUACGGCAUUCGGGUCAACUCCAUCUCUCCUGGCUAUAUGGACACGAUCUUAAACGAAGGCCCCGGACUGGAAGAGGCUCGGAAGAUAUGGGCUGAAAGAAAUCCUAUGGGCAGGAUGGGAUCUCCUCAGGAGCUUUGCGGACCUUUGGUAUUGCUAUGCUCCAAUGCUGGGACAUAUAUCAACGGAACUGAUUUGCUUGUCGAUGGUGGUCAGACCGUAUUCUGAGAAGCACGUCUGGGUUUGUUAGAUCGCAGGUUCCUACAUUACUCAAGAUUGUACCUUACAUAGCUUUCAGAGUUCCACACAAAAUAGACAGUCGAAUUUAAGAUACAGACCGACGCCGACCUGAAUGUUGGGUAGUGCCGCUCAUGGCCUUC